UCAGUCGUAGACUGGAGAGCCCUGUGAGAGCAGGGGACGGACUCUGUGAGAGUACGACCAGCAAAUCCUAUAUCUAAUCGUUCGUAACGUAUCUGUUCGUACGUCUGUCCCGCGUGUGGAUUUCUAGUGUCACGUUCUUCCUCACUCUACCCCUUAUUGUUCAUCUGUUAUAUCUGUUAUACGUGUCUAUGAAUUAAGCAAGGGCUCGACACUUUAAAUACACUAGUACAACUUUUUUAAGAGCUUAAACAUCCAUCUACUCCAAUUGUGUGAUAUAAUCCACGUGCUCAUCCAUAAAUUAAGUGUUAUAUUUACGUUGACUAACUGAUCUAGACUCGAAGGGAUGUGGUAAAUAGGUCAGCAUGAAGAUUAAAAAUAAAUUGGACGAAAAGAAAACCUAAUAAUCGUCCAUGUUGUUAUUACGAACGUUAUCAUUAAGUGAACUUUAUUUUUAUUUUCAUUUUAAGUAUCAUUGGCACUAAGUUUUUGAGUAUUUACCUUGAGUCAACCUAAUUAUCAGUGAUUAUUAUUACAGCACGGACUCGAAUGAGUGCUGUGAGUGCUUGUGAAUUGUGAUUUUAUUUUUAAAACUGUCAAGCAAUACACCAAGUGCAGGGCAUGUCGGCGUACGCGCAGUUCGGAUACUCGUAUCCGUCGGCAUCUCAGUUAUUGGUAAGUGGUGGACAGCCAACAACAGCAACAUCUCCAGCUGUUUCAUCAGGAAGUGCCUUAAGUCCUAGUGCACUUUCGCCAUCAUCAAAUGCAAGGACUACAAGUGCUGUACCUGGUGCUUCAGGAGGAGCUGAAACUCCUGUUGGUAGUUCGACUGGUGCUGGAUGCUGUGAAAAUGGCAGGCCUAUGAUGACUGAUCCAAUGACAGGACAAACUGUUUGUUCUUGUCAAUACGAUAGUGCUGCCAGACUGGCUCUUGGUGCUUAUCCGAGACUUGGCCCACCCGCAACCUCUUAUUCAACUUAUCCAACCCCUACACCAUCAGCUACUGAUCAAAGUCCUUAUCCUAGUAUCGGCAUGGACAGCUCGGCUUUCUAUUCACCUCUGGGAAAUCCUUAUGGUUUGAAAGACGCCACGGGGAUGGGAAUGACGGCAGAUAUGGGCGCAGCUUGGGGAACAGCAGCGUUGCAACCUGCAGCGACAGGAUAUUACCCUUAUGAUCCAACGUUAGCUGCGUACGGAUAUGGAGCCGGUUACGACUUGGCGGCACGACGUAAGAACGCAACGAGGGAGUCAACAGCAACCCUAAAAGCUUGGCUCAAUGAGCACAAGAAAAAUCCAUAUCCUACCAAAGGUGAAAAAAUAAUGCUCGCCAUCAUCACCAAAAUGACACUCACUCAAGUAUCAACGUGGUUUGCCAAUGCAAGACGAAGACUCAAGAAGGAGAAUAAAAUGACGUGGGAGCCGAAGAACAAAACGGAUGACGAUGAUGAUGCGAUAUUAACUGAUUCGGAGGAUAACAAAGACAAAGACGAUAUGAGCAGUGACACCCAUCGAGCAGACAGAGUAGGAGAAGAUUCACAAAGGAGUCUAGAUGAUAAUGAACCGAUCAGGCAUGUAAAGGCUGAACAUAUGCAUCACGAAAAAGAUUUAGAAGAUGAAGAUGACCUCGACUUGGAAGACGAUCCUAGAAGAGGAGAUAUGAACUUUCACCACAUGCCACAACAUCACAGUCACCAUCAUCAUCAUCAUCAAGGUUAUGUGAAUGAGGAUCAUCUUAAGGAGGAAGGAGUCAAGUCUGAUUGUCAAGCCAGUGGAGUACCUAUUCCAGCCUCUAAGCCUAAAAUAUGGUCUUUAGCAGAUACAGCAGCGUGUAAAACACCACCACCAUCGUCACAUCCACACCAACAACAAUAUCUUCAUCAUCAUCAUUAUGGACUGCCGCAGCAACAACAUCAGUUGCAACAACAACACAAUCUUUCUCACAAUCAUCACCAAAAUUCUCAACAACCUUGGCUAGGGUCCACCAGUGGUAGUGGAGGUGAUAGUACAGGCAUUGGGGGACUAAGUUCAUUUGCUUUACCAUCCGCCACGUCAAUGAGUCCAUCAGCAGCAACAACAGCUCCAUACUCAAACACUGUAACGAGAUACGGUGGAUUUCUAAGCUCGUCUUCCGGCGGUCAACUUCACUACAACCCUAACUCGUCGUCUGGUUCAUCAACUGCAUCAUCCUCGGCUGCGGUGGGGUUUCCCGAAGUUGGUACAGACACACCACCCCAAACUCCACCGAAUAUGAAAGUGGCCACACCCAAUGGAGUGAUCCAAGCACCUCCCGGAACGUAUUGCGCUAAUGGCAACACAACUGCCAAUGGCAAUCCUACAACUGGUCAUUAUCCAAAUGCAAACCUUGCACCAACUGGUAAUGGUUAUCUGUCCUCCAGUUCUGGAUCAGCAAGCAGUAGCUCCUCCUUUGGUUCGCGACUCCAGAGCUCUCCUCACAAGGAAUUUUCGUCCGUUAAUCAAAGUUCCGCCCUUCAUCAACAAACCACUGCUAGCCUUGCAGCUGCAGAAGCAACAACUGCAUUCAAACCAUUCUACAAAGGAUCGCAGUCAAUGACUAGUGGAUUUGUAUCGCCAGUUUAGAAACACACCUUAAAAACAUGAAUAUUUACGAUAAAGGAUUCUUCGUUGAUGAGAAUAAUUAGAACGUCAAUAACCACAUCUCUUACCAUCACCUGCAGAGAGUGUUCAAGAGUUGAAUAAAAUAAAUCAUAGGAAUGGAUUAUUGUAAGAGAACCGACUAGCAGUGGACAAAAAGAAAGGAGAUUGAUUGUACGAUGAACAGACUGAGAGAGUGUCUCAACUCUAUGUCUAUAAAUCGUUCGAGUACUCUGUUGCAAGACCUGAGAGUAGCAGUAUAAGGAGAUACGCGUGUAGACGAGAAAGCGAAUGGGCUGGGAUUAGUUGGUGAGGGAUUAGGAGCUAAGAGAUGAGAGAAGACUCUAGAGAGAAGGACCUAGUAUGUGGGCUCAUGUGUGUACGUGUCGUGGGACUUUAGUGCCACGAAUAGGAAACCUCGUGACUAAGAAUCUGAUAGUUUUACUUCACUGAGCAUAAAAGCAUCACAGGUUACUUCAACGAAUUAUUAUUUUUUUUUUUUUUUAAUUUAGUUGAUUAUUAUUAAAAACUAUUCUCUGAGAGAGUAUUUAAUACCGGGAAAUGUGCAAAUGGCAACACUAUAGAAUUUGGUUCUUCAUUAAGAAUUAAUUCAAUCAUGGUUGUUCGUUAUUACAUUAUCACUAUUAUGAUUAUUAAUAUUAUUAUUAUGCAAUAAUAAAACGAAAUGUUUUGAACAAACAACGAGCGAGAACAACCAACUAUUGUAUAAAGUUUAGAUAUUUUACGUCCAUCAGAGCCUCGCUCUAAUUUAAGAUAAUUACUUGUUAACACAAGUCGAAAAUAAUUGUUUAAAGAAUCAUAAUACACAAACAAUCAAUCAAUAUUUAAUUGAACAAACCUAUGAAAGCUUUACCAGUGUUAAUUAUGCAAAAAAGUCCGCCACACUCAAUUAAUUGUUUAUCAUGUGAAAAAAACGAUAUUGAUAAAAUAUGUAUAAGUAGCCUCCACAAUAGCUUAAGGUAUGUACUUUAAGCGAUUAUCACGAUACGUCGCCGUUUACGUAUUAGUGUUGCCCAUUCCCCUAUGUCCACCCUAUUCAUACGUUAAUUAAUUAAUGUAGACUAAGUAUAUGAUAUAUCGGUAAUUGGGGAUGCGUGUAUACGUCAUACAAAGUUUUCAAAGGGGGAUAAAAAGAUUAUAUUAGGAAAAAAAAAAACAAUUUAUUGACCACAUCUGAUGUAUGUCACGUUUUAUUAUUAAAUAAUUGUGAUGAUGCUUGUAAACUUAUUCAAAAUCGCAUUAUGCAAUGUAAAAAAAAAAAUUAUUGAUAUUUUCUUAUGUCUAUAUAUGUAUAAUCGCUGAUGGGAUGGAAAAACGACGACAAGUGUUUCAAACUAUUAAUAAUAUAGUAAAAAAAAAAUAUUAUUAUUGUCAUUAUAAUUAUAAUUACAAUUAUGAUUGUUUUAAAAUUUAUUGUGUUUUAAAUGCGAAAAAAAUUCUGAUACAUUUUUAUCGCAACUCUAGAGAAGACAUGAGCGAAAAAAAAAUUAAAAAAUUGAUUCAUUUAUAUCUGUGAUAAAUAAGGGAGAUUGAAGAAAUUUUUAUAGUAUAAAUAAUAAUUAAAUAAUAUGUGACUAUGGCAUGAUAUGGGCUACAUGAAGAAAACGUUGGAACGGCGGCGCCGUUUGCAAUCAUCUAGUAUGUAAUAUUUGAACGUCAUCAUCAUGAUAUUAUAUCUUAGGACGGGUUAAAUGUACAACAAUGAGAGUAUUCGAACUCAAUUGUUAGUACAAUUUGUACAUUAAUGGAAAUUUGUAAAUAAUUUUGAAUGUGAACAUAGAAAAAAAUAUAUGAAUAUAUGAUUAUUACUAUAA